GUGUGUUCGCAUUCGGUCUGUUUGCCACGGACAUCUUCGUCAACGCGGGCCAGGUGGUGACGGGAGGUCUCUCGCCCUACUUCCUGUCCGUCUGCAAGCCCAACUACACCGGCACAGAGUGUCGUUUUAAUCACCAGUUCAUCAUCAACGGCAACAUCUGCACCGGGAACCCCGUUGUUGUGGAAAGCGCUCGCCGGUCGUUCCCAUCCAAGGACGCUUCGCUGAGUGUUUACUCUGCUGUUUACCUGACGAUGUACAUCACCAGCACCAUCAAGACCAAGUCCAGCCGCUUGGCCAAGCCUGUCUGUCUGGGCACGCUCUGUUCGGCCUUCCUCACCGGCCUCAACCGAGUCUCAGAGUACCGGAACCACUGUUCGGACGGUGCCGGAUUUAUACUGGGAUCAGCCGUCGCUCUGUUUCUGGGUAUAUGUGUUGUGAACAACUUCAAAGGCGUCCACAGUGCAGCGGCUAAACAGAAAACUGAAGACUACCGUGGCCUGCCUCUGAUGACUUUCCCCCGUGUAGAGAGCCCUCUGGAGACUCUCAGCGCACAGAACCACUCAGCAUCGAUGACGGAGGUCACAUGACUAAGGGGGCAGCACCGGGUCACGUUUGCGUCUCCACAGCACUUCCAGACACAAUGACGAGGACGCAUGCCACGUGGCUCCGAAUGCUUAAUAAAAAAACACUGCUGAUAUAUCUGUUUAAAUCACCUGAGGGACUAAAUGCACCAUGUUUCUAAUGGUUCUUAUUAAGUUGGGCUAUGCUCAAUUCUACCUGCCAAGGCACAUCCAUUGCAUCAAAAAUAUCACAAAGCAAACUUAAGCACAGAUUUUUGUUCCAGAUAUUGAAACUAUUUGAAACAUCAGACGUUUUUUUCCCUCCAAGGUGUGCUGUUUGUAGUUAGAGGACGGUGUUUUGUACAUUUUGUAUGAGCGAGUGCUGUAGCCUAUCCUGACGGUGUUAAACCUGCGCACUUCCUGUUGGCUAACUCACUCUGUUUUACAUCACAUCCUGUCAGGUGACUUGCCUCGUCGAUCGCCACAUCUAUUCCCCCUCAGUCUGAAAAAAUGUGCUAUGGAAAAAAAUAUUGAUGUUGUUGUUCUGUGAUGUUUGUCAUUUGUACAGGAAAAAAAGACAGAAUCCUUCUUUUUAUUAUCUCUCUCUGUACAUUAACUGACCGUGUCAGGUCAUAUUUUGUAAAGAUUUUUGUCAAUCUGUAUGAUUAUUAUGAUCCAUUUGGACCUGUUUGCCUGCUGUGUAAACCUGGAUAUGUUUUGGUAUCAGUUUAGGUGUUAUGGGGAGCGUUACCUCUCCCUGUUGGAGGAAGCGACAAGGAAGAGUCAGCGACAUCCUUAGAGUCAGUAAAUGGGGUUUGGCACUUAAAGUGUCAUGCCAUCAGCCACAAUGAUAUAUGAUUGGUUGAAAUGCUCAUUAUGAGUGCGUUUCACCCCAAUUUCCUGAUUCACUGUGAUGUUGAUAAGAUUUUCUUUCUAUGAAGAGGUCCAGUGGGGCUAGCCUGUGCCAGAUCUAACUGAAGACGUCUCUGGUAUGACUGUAUGAAUAACUUUAAACUCAAAUCCCAGUGAAAUACAUCCUUGUAAAAUACAUGAAAAAAGGAAAAGAGACAGAAGUGCUCUUUGGAGUAAAUCAGAGUGAUUUACUCGAGGCCCGGCUAGCCCUUUUAAUGGAAACCAGGCUAAUGACUCCUGCUUCACUUUUCCUCCUCGAGGCACCCCGCCACCCCCCCCCCCCCCCACCCCCCAACCCACCAGUGGAUUGUGAUGCAAUGUUGUGACUCCAUUUCCCAUUGGAAGAUACGCCCAGCAUGACGAGAGAAGUCAAGAUGUUUUAUAGAUAUUCAUGAUUUCAAUUAUGCUCAUUAUCAUUGUGAUUAUCAAUGUCUUUUUACUUUCAGAACAAAAAAAGCGUUUCAUUUGAAAUGCAACAUAUAUUUUUUUUUUUCUUGGUUUGUCCACAAAUUAAAUAGU